AUGGCACAAUUCGCAUGGAAUUCGAAAGAGAGCACGUUCCCUGCCUUAUUUGUUACAUGGCCAUGGAAUAAAGUAGCACGUCAUGAGUUUCGAAUAGACUUACCUCGGACAAUCCGCUGGAGGGCAAGGCUAAUGUUGAACAGGAAAAAUUACGCUGAUCUUGUUGGGAAAACCGUGAAUCAAUUGGCAAAGGUAGUAGCAGUGACACUAGCAGCUGGGGUGCUUACACUGGGGUCUGUUGGUGAUGCAUCAGCUGCCAAGUCUGGUGGCAGAGUUGGUGGUCAAGCCUUCCGGUCAGCUCCUCGGUCAUCUCCGAGAAUCAACAAUAAUUCAAGGACCAAUAUUUAUGUCAAUCCACCAGUAGCACCUCCAUUAGUUGGUGGAUAUGGGUAUGGUUUCGGUGUGCCAUUCUACGGUGGCUGGGGUUGGUCACCAUUUUCAUUCUUUGCACCAGGUCCCAGUGCUGCCAUUGGAAUUGGAGUUGGGUUUGAAACUUUUGUGCUCUUUUUGUUUCUUGGUGCUAUGGCAGCUGUUGUCAGGCGAUUCUUUGGAUCAAGAGAUGAAGAUGACGACUACUGA